AAGGUAUAUCCUAAGCGUAGCCUAAAAGCCUAUAGUAUUAUCCUUAUAUAUACUGGAAGUAUAGGGUUAUUUAUUAUUAUAAGAGGAGAGCUUCGAGCCAUCGAAGCCAGCAUCUGGGCUAAGAUCUUCAGCUUCGAAGGUCUCGGAGGCCAUCUCAGCCUCCUGCGCAAAAGAUCUGAUGACGAGGCGCUCACGGUCGACUGCCUACAAACGCGAUACUUCAGCCCAAACGAUGAGUAUAUGCAAAAGAGCUUAGCGCUACCCACAGUAUCUCAGUUCGUUACUGUGGCGAAAACGAAGAAGCUGCUAGUAUAUAUGGUGACGGGACUAAAGGUUGCGUUUGGGGCGAAACUGGCCAAGGCUAAUGCGAAAACUACGAAGGUCAAUGGCAAGUUGGGUAUGACAGAUCCCCAAGGGGGGGCAUCUGGGGGUGCCAGUGCAGGUUAUACGAGUGAGGAUGCCGCUGCUGUCGGGUUUGACGCCUCUACGCCUUUCAUUUUGGGUAUACGCGUACGGAAGAUUUGGUGGGAUAAUGGCAUCAGAAACACAGCGGACAAGCUCGCUGGCGCGGCUUUGGAAGAUGGAAAAGACCAAGACCAAGAUUUCCCCUCCACUAACUUUCAGUUCGUUGACGAUUUCAGUGUUGAUGAGGCUGACACUUCCUCGAGGGAGAAGCUGUUCACGAAUGAGAACAACGAGCUGGGAAUCGAGCCUUCGGACUGGGUUCUCUGU